AACCCUGUACAAUAAGUGCUAUGAACAAGAGAAUAUCUGGAGGUGCUUGCCAAAUUUGGAACUUUCUUAGACUUUUGCCUCUUUUAAUUGAAGGCAAAAUCGAAACAAUUGAUGAUGAAGUGUGGGUUUGCAUACUUCUACUCAGUGAAAUAGUUGAAAUCAUUUGUUCUCCAAUAAUUCAUAAAUCUUGUUUACCUUAUUUACAAUUAAUUAUUUCUCAGUACAUUUUAACAAGAGAAUUGUUAUUUCCUCAAAUUAAGUUGCGGCCAAAGCAUCAUUACCUGAUUCAUUAUCCUGAACUCAUUUUGCAGUUUGGCCCUCUAAUGAAAGUGUGGAUUAUGCGUUUUGAAAGCAAGCAUCGUUUUUUUAAAAGAGCCAUUCGAUACACCCUUAAUUUUAUAAAUGUACCAAAAUCUCUCAGCAUAAAACAUGAACUUUUACAGAGUCUUGUACGAUUAGGUACAGAUAUUAGAAUCCAAACAGAAUUCUAUGAAGUUAGUAACUUUUACAUCGAAUUGUACAACAAAGAUAUACAAAAAGCUAUACAGAAUGCUAAGUUACCUCAACUGAUCCAGCAAUGCAGCAGAGUUGUUGUGAAAGGAAAAAUAUUACUGUUUCUCUGCUGUGAAGAGAAUAUUUAUGUUUUACUUGAAGUGAUGGAAAAUAAGUACAUACCAUACCUUAAUGCUUAUGAACUUGGCCAAAUUAAAUCAUACGAAUGUCGUACCCUACACGAAAUGAUAUACUUCAAACCAUUGUAUGUUUAUACUACAGGAAAUAUGUAUUGCAUUAAACCAUCGUAUGGUUUUGUUUCUCAUUGUUUACUUUUACAAAACGAUGGAACAGAGAUAGAUGAUAAUGAUGUGCUACUGGAAUAUGCAGAACAAUCUAAAGAUAAGAUUGUUUUAACAAUUUUAGAUAUAAACAUGUUGUUAUGUUUGGAAUUACCGCCAUAUGCAUUUCGCACACUACACCCGUGUACCUCUCUCGACCAAUAA